UGUUGCAAAUGGUAGGAUUUGUUUGUUUCUUAGGAGCCUGGAGAGUAUUAAUAAUUCAGAAGUGGGCAGAGGAAGUAGAAGCUUGGUUACCUGGCUACCUUCCCCACAACCCAGUCUAGCAUAAUAUGAAGUAAAUGUAAUUUAGAAUUGUGGAAGGUAAAAAAGUCAUUUGUGGGCCACUUAGAAACCCAGUAACUAUUUUCCUUAUGAAAGAAUGUGUUUCCAGUAUACUUGGCAUUCAAAUGACUUUUUGGAUAAUGGACCCUUGAAAGAUGGUGCCAUCUGCAUAUCAUUCCAUAAUUUGUUGGUAAGGUGUUUUGAUAUAAAGUCUCCCCAUGCUUGACUUUCCAGAGAAAGUGAAAAAUGCUAAUCUUGGUUAAGUGAAAAUGAUUAUUUUUUCCUGUUUUUAAAAGACAAUAUUGAUUGAGAACAGGUAAGUAAAUUAGAUAAUACCUGUAAAAGUGUUCUGUAAACUAAGAAUCCCUGUACAAAUGUCAGUUACUAUUAAUUGUGGUUGGCACAAUACUUAAACAAGUUAAUUUUCUUUUUUAAUCCUGUAUAGUGGGUACAGCAUGACCACAAGAAAGGAGAAAGUUCAGAUUUCUGUGAUGGUUGUACCAGGAGUAAGACCAUUAUCCUCCCUAACAGCCAUUUAAAGAGCUGUGUUUUUAAAAUACUUUUUGAAAGGGUUUUGUACUUACUUUCUAUCCUGAAUCAACAUGGGUAGUUUCAAAUUGGGAGAAAGGAGUAAAGUGGAAAAAGACACAUGUAAUUUUAAAAGGUGAUCCAAAUGCCUAUCAGUUAUAGUUGUAAAUUAGCAGGAUUGUACUUUUUGUACGGAAUAUAUAGUGAUCUUGUGCUUCUUUGUGGUUGGGUCUUCAUAAUGUCUAGAAGAAUGAAGUGUGAACCAUACUGUAAGAUAGAUGAUGAGUAAAACUAAUUUUGCUUUCUUCAAACAUAAUACAAUAGUCCUGAAGGGAAUCAUGGUGAGUCAAUGAAGAAAAAUUAUUUUGGGGUUUGCUGUUAAUAAGAAAAACAAACAUCUCUGGGGUCUAUGUAAAACUUCUUAACACACUACUGAAUACUUAGAAGUAAAAUUCUGUGGCACAUUUUCAUUUGUUCUUCCCUCUAUUUUUCUUCUCUAUCCUAUUCCCUUCUCAUCCUAGCCCUUCCUUCCCACUCUGCUGCUCUGUCUUGGUGCCUGUCUGUGCACAUUGUUACUUUGCAUCUCAGUGUGCAACUGCAGUGUCAUCUUUUUGAAUAUGUAAACAGGUUAAACUCACCAUCUUACUAUCAACAGUGCACUUUACUUGAGUGAAGCAACAGUACAGUUGACCCUUGAACAAAAUGGGUUCAAACUGCAUGGGUCUGCUCAUAUAUGCAUUUUUUUCAAUAUAUUGGAAAAUUUUUUGGAGAUAUGCCACAGUUCAAAAAAGCAUUCUCUUUUUGACUACGGUAUGUAAUAUAACAUAUAAAGUAUGUGUUGUUUGUGUUACUAGUACAGCUGCUGGUCAACAGACUAUUAGUAAAGUUUUUGGGGAGUCAAAAGUUUUAUGUGGAUUUUUAUGUGCAGGAGCUUAGAGCUCCCAACCCUCAUGUUGAUCAAAGGUCAACUGCCAGGAACAGUUCAGACCAACUUGGGGCAUGUACUCCCAGUAACCACUGCAUCAUGCCAGUUACCUGCCAGCAGCAACAAUAAGAUUUUAUCUAAACUGCAUCUUGAUUUUAGCUAUGAAAAAAUGUGGAAAGAUAUGGUCUUAGAAUUAAUGAAUGUAUAAAUUUCAAAGACUGUAUUUUAAAUUGUUUGAAAUGUCAAACAAGUUGUUAGGGAUUUGGAUUAAUAGCAUUAUGGGUUAGAAGAAAUAAAUAGUCACUAACUUGCAUUAAAAUGGAAGAAACAUUCAUUCAUACACUAACGAAAACCCUUAACCUUACCUCUGAACUUAAAUGUGUAUCUUUUAAUUUGGAGAAUUAGGCUCAUUUAUCAAUUUGGUUUGUUUAUACAACCUGUUACUAUAUUAGAACUCUUGAUUUGUUAAUUUCUAAUGUAUUAAAUGCCCAUGCCACACAAUUUUUUUUGGUACUUGUUUUAAAAAUACUUAUUUCUACUAGGUGUUUUGUUUGUAAGUAUCCACCCCGAAAGGAAAAAAAGCACAAAACUUUUAUACUGUAUUUCCUAAGUCUAACAAUGUAGAGGAACUUGAAGAAACUUAAUGGUAACAUAUGUAUAGGCAGGUACAUAUGACAUGGAUUUCUAGUAGGAUUUUUGGGUCAGAGUACACAGGGAUUUUACAUUUUAAUAUAUUGUGACUUGGUUUUCCAAAAAGGUAAUACAGAUUCACUCUUAAUAGCAAUGCAUGCUGUUGUCCUUUUUUUAAUGCUCCUUGUCUUUUUUCUCCCCUCCACCCCCGCCAGUUUAAUGUUUUACGACAUGAUUUUAUACUUUACUUGAUCAUCUUGUUAGGUUCCUGUGCUCUUUGUUAUUGUUCUCCCUUCUGCUCCACAACAGAUACCUAAAUUUUGGUUUCAGACAGUUGUGAAUUUAAGAAUAAUCUUUAUUAUAAAUAGGAUAAUAAUAUUCCUCCCUUUCCCCUCACCCCAUUAUUAUCAUUAUCAUUUGUUUGUGUUUAUUGCAUGCUUUAAUUUACCCAUUGAGACAUAUGAAACAGAGUGCUAUUAUAUAGGCAAUUCCUAUUUUCCUGUAUUAGUAUCUCCAGCGUAACUAAAACAACAACAACCUUAUAUAAUUUCUCAUCCUGUGAUCCAUCACUCUAUAAGCUGCUGCUGUAUCAAAGCCUGUGGAAAACUCAGCCCCUUUCCUUACUAAUGUUGGAACGUCACCUGGUGGUGACAGUGUGCAACAGCAGGCUUUUUACAAAGGCCAUCCUUGGGUAGGUCAGAAACCUUCACUGUUGGAAUGUAUCAUAUGAAUGACUACACCUGCCUCAGUUUAGUGAAGUUGAAACCAAGACAGGUGAAUGGACUUGCAAAACAGUUCAUGUUGAAUUAAUUGUCACACAAGGACAAGUUAAAGCUGACUCUUGAGUUCUCUGCUCUUUUCAUUUGCUUUUUCUAUUUUGAGGUAAAAAUGCCUAUUUCCUACUAUUCUUGAUACAAUAAUGGACAUGACAUAUAUGUUCAUUUAAUGCUUAUCGAUGAAUUAGUUUGAUAAGAUAAUUUAGAAUUUGUUGCUACUUAUGCUGUGUCUCUGGCUAGUACUUUUCCUCAGUGUAGAUAAAAUGAGGAAAGGAUAUAAAAAUAAAUAUAGUCAACUGUAGCUUACUGGAAAUGUACUUGUUAAAGGAGCCCUCAAAAGGACCAUUUUAUCUUGCCUGGGGUAAAAAUAACUUAAGUAAGACUGAGAUCCAGAGAAUCUGGAGAAUUGGUCUAGUAGAGCACCAUGAAGUGCUUUGAAGCCUCCUGCAAGUUCUUACCCAAGGUUGGAGGUGCAUUAUAGAAUUAGAAGUGUACCACACCCAUUCAGCUCUUAACUUUUUUUCUUUAACUACUUAAAAAUAUUCUUGCACUUGAUGGUAAAAGCAUUCAGAAAGCACUAAAGUCUUUCCCUCACUCCCACCCAAACAUACUGUCACCAUUAGUAGCCACUGUCUCCAAUUUACUGAUAUAUUUGGCUUUUGAUUAUCUUAGGAGUAGGGUGCCACGUUUCUUUCUAGGCUGUUUUGGUUCUGCCAGUUUUGAAUAUUCAGUUUGUAGGGCUGCUCUUACCAUAGUGAUUCUGUCUACUAUUUCCUAUUGCUUGCUGCUGUAUUUUUCAUAAUAGAUUAUAGGAUUUUGAAGUCAAUGUAGCAAUUACAACACUUUCAUAGUUCUUGGUCCUUAAACAUGGAGUUUUGCAAAGUCAUAUAUGUGAAGAUUUAAGGGGAAGUAUAAGAGUUUAAGGUCAAAGUAGCUUGAAUAAAUUAAAUAAAUCAUUCACAAAAUUAGACAUUGAAAACAUGCAAACUGUUAUGUUUUAUAUAAAUGAUUUUGUACAUACUUACAAUUUAUCAAGAGGAAAUAAAACAGAUACCAUUUGUCAGUCCAAAGGUACCUUUUCCCAUUUUUUACUAUUAAGUACUAUACAAUUGACUAUAAUACUCAAAGCUACUUUUUUACGUAAUGAUACUUACCACAGAGAUUUUCUCAGGUUAAAAGGGUUAGUUUCUUUAUUUAAAUAGUGUAUGUCAGAAAAGUGAUGAAAAAUAUAUGCAAGUGUGUUAUAGUACAGCCUAAGUUGUAACUUUUAAUGUUCUUAAUAUUAAUCCUGAGACAAUUACAUAAUCUUUACUAAUUAUAACUUACUUUGUUACAGCCACCACAUUGUUUUCUAAUAUACAAAAAAGUAUAAUUGUACAAAAACUGCACUUUACAAAUGUAAAUACAGUUUUAGUUUGGUGUAUGUUGGAUACAAUGGUCUUCCUUAAACCUAAACACAGAAACAAAAGCAUGUAUUAUAAGAGAAAGUUCAAGAUGGGAAGUGAUAAAAUGGGUAUUGAGUAGAGCUUUGUUAAAAUUUAACUGGUAUCCUUGUAAAAUUUCCAUGUAUUCAUUAAAUUAUAUUAUGUCAUUCUUAUUGUUAGAAGCAGACUUGAAGUGUUAAGUUUUGCCCUCAUAAAGAGUUGUCACAAUUUGGUUACUCUAUUUGGGAGAUAGGGAUUUUUUUCAUUCUUUUUACAUAAACAUUUGUAUAUAAAGUAGAGGUUGUUUGGUGAGUUAAGAUUUUCCAUGUAUUAGGGAACCUUUUAUUUCAGUUGUAAAGGUAGAACUGCUUUUGAAUUGCACAAGGUCAUUUUUGAUGCUCCUAAGUACCACAGAUAUGACACUGAAGUAUUUAGAAUGCUGGCUGUGCUGUUUAUAUUUCAGUCUUAAAAAUCCUGUUGCUGAGUGGUCCUUAAAGAUGGGUAUCAUCAGAUCUUUAUUUAACAUGAGUAUGUUUAAUUCUCAGAAAAAAAAUCUAGAACUGCAAAACAAAAUGGGAUGAUUCGUUCAGCCUUUCAGCAAUACAAGGCGGCCCAGAAGUCAGUGCAAUUUUGAUUUUUAAAACUCCAGAAGUGUAUGUGACAAACAUAAAAAAUGUCAUUGAGAAUUUAUUUUAUAUUAACUUAGUUUCAUAAAUUUUGAAUAAUGUGUUUUUAAUUUUAGUUUUUAACUUCAGAACUCUGAAGUUGGCAAAGCCUGACUGAAGGAAAAAUUGAAGUAAAUUUAUUAUUCAAAAUUGCUUGGCUUGAAGUUCUAUUUGAGUUACAGAUCAUUAUUUAAAUCACCUUGUGAAAUUGCUUAUUUUGAAAUUCUAGGCACAUGCAUAUAGAAUAUCUUGAAACAAUACCCUCCGUACACAUUCUGUUACAAUACUAUUGUUACAGCUAAUGAGAAAUUAAGGUGUAAAGCAAAGAUGGCUUGGAGGAUUGGGGAUUUCUUUGCCUGUUAAUGCCAACUCAUCUUGAUAUUAGAUAUGACUCUCAUCCUAGAUUAAAGACUAUACUUUAAAUGGUUUUUGUAAUUAUAUAAUGUGGGGGAAAAAAGUAAAUUUCAGAUAUUAGCAUUAGGUUUAGUGAGAUUUGUUCCUGAUACCUCCACUUUGUCUUGUGCUGCUGUUUUACAUUUUUUUUUUGUUUUUUUUACAAAAUACAAAGUUCAUUGUAAAUGAAAGGAAGGGUUUGGUUAAGCACAAUAGCCUAUAAGCUCCUGGCUAUUUAGAUAACAAAGGCUCAGGCGUGCCCUGUGGGAUGGGACUUCAGUGUGCUAACUAGAUAGGAUUUGUUCAAGUAAGAAGAGCUCUACUAGUGGCAAUCAGAUGGGAGGGGGUGUAUCUUCUGAAAACAUUUAAAAUCAGUGAAUUAAAAAAUCCUAAAUUUUAAUGUCUUAAUCAUUUUUAAAGCAGUUCAGAAAGAACCAAAACAAGUAUUUGGCAGAUAGUUCGCAUUUGAAUGGAUUUUUAUGCUUAGUUUUAUUUUGUUUUUAUUGUUAAGAGACAACUUUUGAAAGCGCUGCUAAUAUAUCAGCAAUUGGGAGGAAUGAUGAUAUAGUGUUUUUGUAUUCUUCACCUGUUCUGGAAGUGUAAGACCUUUCAAACCACUGUAGAUAUGGACAGAGAAGAAAGGAAGACUAUCAACCAGGGUCAAGAAGAUGAAAUGGAGAUUUAUGGCUAUAAUUUGUGUCGCUGGAAGCUUGCCAUAGUUUCUCUAGGAGUAGUUUGCACUGGUGGCUUUCUCCUCCUCCUCCUCUAUUGGCUGCCUGAGUGGCGGGUGAAGGCAACCUGUAUUAGAGCUGCAAUUAAGGACUGUGAAGUGGUGCUGCUGAGGACUACAGAUGAAUUCAGAAUGUGGUUUUGUGCAAAAAUUCGCUUUCUUUCUCUGGAAGGCCACUUGUUUUUGAGUCCAAAAUCUACAGGUAAUAAGGUUUCAAAUGGCCAUGCUGUCCACUUAACUGAAAAUCUGACUGAGGAGAACAGGCAUGGGAUGAAUAAAUAUUCACAGAUUCAGUCACAGCAGAUUCGCUAUUUCACCCACUAUAGUGUAAAAUACUUCUGGAAUGAUACCCUUCACAAUUUUGAUUUCUUAAAGGGACUGGAUGAAGGUGUUUCUUGUACGUCAAUUUAUGAAAAGCAUAGUGCAGGACUGACAAAGGGGAUGCAUGCCUACAGAAAAUUGCUUUAUGGAAUAAAUGAAAUUGCUGUGAAAGUGCCUUCUGUUUUUAAGCUUCUAAUUAAAGAGGUUCUCAACCCAUUUUACAUUUUCCAGCUGUUCAGUGUUAUACUGUGGAGCACUGAUGAAUACUACUACUAUGCUCUAGCCAUUGUGAUUAUGUCUGUAGUAUCAAUUGUAAGCUCCCUAUAUUCCAUUAGAAAGCAAUAUAUUAUGUUGCAUGACAUGGUGGCUGCUCAUAGUACUGUGAGAGUUUCAGUUUGCAGAGUAGAUGAAGAAAUAGAAGAGAUUUUUUCUACAGAUCUUGUGCCAGGAGAUGUUAUGGUCAUUCCAUUAAAUGGGAUUGUUAUGCCUUGUGAUGCAGUACUUAUUAAUGGGACUUGCAUUGUAAAUGAAAGCAUGUUAACAGGAGAAAGUGUUCCAGUGACAAAGACUAAUUUGCCAAAUCCUUCAGUGAACAUAAAAGGAAUGGAAGAUGAAUUAUAUAAUCCAGAAAUACAUAAGCGACAUACUUUGUUUUGUGGGACUACUGUUAUUCAAACUCGUUUCUACACUGGAGAACUUGUCAAAGCCAUAGUAGUUAGAACAGGAUUUAGUACUUCCAAAGGACAGCUUGUCCGUUCAAUAUUGUAUCCCAAACCAACUGAUUUCAAACUCUACAGAGAUGCCUACUUGUUUCUACUAUGUCUUGUGGCAGUGGCUGGUGUUGGGUUUAUCUAUACUAUUGUCAAUAGCAUUUUAAAUAAGGUAGAAGCUGGUGAAAUAAUUAUUGAAUCUCUUGAUAUCAUUACAAUUACUGUGCCACCAGCACUUCCUGCUGCAAUGACCGCUGGUAUUGUGUAUGCCCAAAGAAGACUGAAAAAAAUUGGUAUUUUCUGUAUCAGUCCCCAAAGGAUAAAUAUCUGUGGGCAGCUGAAUCUUGUUUGCUUUGACAAGACUGGAACUCUUACUGAAGAUGGUUUAGAUCUUUGGGGGAUCCAACGAGUAGAAAAUAGAUGUUUUCUUUUGCCGGAAGAAAAUGUUUGCAAUGAGAUACUGGUAAAGUCUCAGUUUGUUGCUUGUAUGGCUACUUGUCAUUCACUCACAAAAAUUGAAGGAGUCCUUUCUGGUGAUCCACUUGAUUUGAAAAUGUUUGAAGCCAUUGGAUGGAUUCUGGAAGAAGCAACUGAAGAGGAAACAGCACUUCAUAAUCGAAUUAUGCCAACUGUGGUUCGCCCUCCAAAGCAACUGCUUCCUGAGUCUGCACCUGCGGGGAGCCAGGAAAUGGAGCUGUUUGAACUUCCAGCCAUUUAUGAGAUAGGAAUUGUUCGCCAGUUCCCAUUUUCUUCUGCUUUGCAACGUAUGGGUGUGGUUACAAGGGUACUAGGGGAUAAGAAAAUGGAUGCCUACAUGAAAGGAGCACCCGAGGUCAUUGCCAGUCUUUGUAAAUCUGAAACAGUUCCUGUUGAUUUUGAAAAAGUUUUAGAAGAUUACACUAAACAGGGCUUCCGUGUGAUUGCUCUUGCACACAGAAAAUUGGAGUCAAAACUGACAUGGCAUAAAGUACAGAAUAUUAGCAGAGAUGCCAUCGAAAACAACAUGGAUUUUAUGGGAUUAAUUAUAAUGCAGAACAAAUUAAAAAAAGAAACCCCUGCAGUACUUGAAGAUUUGCAUAAAGCCAACAUUCGCACUGUCAUGGUCACAGGUGACAACAUGUUGACUGCUGUCUCUGUGGCUAGAGACUGUGGAAUGAUACUACCUCAGGAUAAAGUUAUUAUUGCUGAAGCAUUACCUCCAAAGGAUGGGAAAGUUGCCAAGAUAAAUUGGCAUUAUGCAGAUACCCUAACACAGUACAGUAAAUCAUCAGCAAUUGACUCAGAGGCUAUUCCAAUGAAAUUGGCCCAUGAUAGCUUAGAGGAUCUUCAGGUGACUCGUUACCAUUUUGCAAUGAAUGGAAAAUCAUUUUCAGUGAUACUGGAACAUUUUCAAGACCUUGCUCCUAAGUUGAUGUUGCAUGGCACUGUGUUUGCUCGUAUGGCACCUGAUCAAAAGACACAAUUAAUAGAAGCUUUGCAAAAUGUAGAUUAUUUUGUUGGGAUGUGCGGUGAUGGUGCAAAUGAUUGUGGUGCUCUGAAGAGGGCACACGGAGGCAUUUCCUUAUCAGAGCUUGAGGCUUCAGUGGCAUCUCCCUUUACCUCCAAAACACCCAGUAUUUCCUGUGUGCCAAACCUUAUCAGGGAAGGCCGUGCUGCUCUAAUGACUUCCUUCUGUGUGUUUAAAUUUAUGGCUUUGUACAGCAUUAUACAGUACUUCAGUGUUACUCUACUGUAUUCGAUCUUAAGUAACCUAGGAGACUUCCAGUUUCUCUUCAUUGAUCUGGCAAUCAUUUUGGUAGUGGUAUUUACAAUGAGUUUAAAUCCUGCCUGGAAAGAACUUGUGGCACAAAGACCACCUUCAGGUCUUAUAUCUGGGGCUCUUCUCUUCUCCGUUUUGUCUCAGAUCAUCAUCUGCAUUGGAUUUCAAUCUUUGGGGUUUUUUUGGGUCAAACAGCAGCCUUGGUAUAAAGAGAGGUAUCCACAUCCACCUAUUUGUAAUACAACAACAAGCCUAUAUUGGAAUUCUUCACAUUUGUACAAUGAAACCAAAUUUGAUACACAUAAUAUACAAAAUUAUGAAAAUACCACAGUGUUUUUUAUCUCCAGUUUCCAGUACCUCAUCGUGGCAGUUGCCUUUUCAAAAGGAAAACCUUUCAGGCAACCUUGCUAUAGGAACUAUUUUUUUGUUGUAUCUGUGAUUAUUUUGUAUGUGUUCAUAUUAUUCAUCAUGUUGCAUCCAGUUUCCUCUGUUGACCAGGUUCUCCAGAUAGUGUGUGUACCUUAUGGGUGGCGUAUAAAUAUGCUCAUGAUCAUUCUUGUCAAUGCCCUGGUAUCUAUCAUGGUGGAGAACUUCUUCCUUGACAUGGUCCUUUGGAAAGUUGUGUUCAAUCGAGACAGACAAGGAGAAUAUCGCUUCACCACACAGCCACCACAGGAGUCAGUGGAUCAGUGGGGAAAAUGCUGCUUGCCCUGGACCCUGGACUGUAGAAAGAAGAUACCAAAGGCAAAGUACAUGUAUCUGGCUCAGGAGCUCUUAGUUGAUCCAGAAUGGCCACCAAAACCUCAAACAACAACAGAAGCUAAAAGCAUUAAGGAGAAUGGAUAAUGUCAAGUCAUCACUAUAAAAUAGCAAUACAUCAGUCUCAGUGAGAUGGUAGUAGCAGUAUUGAGGAGAAUGGAAUUUCAGGAUUUUCUGAUCCUCUGUGUCAAAGUGGCACCAUUUUAAUUAUGUCCCUUCUGAUAUAAGUAGCUGAUUUGAGAUUUUUUUUUAAACAAAACAAGAAAAAGGUUGUCAAAUUAAUAAUCAGUCUGUGAAGCCCAAUAUCUUCAUUCAGUAACUCUAAAUAUAUGUACUUCCAGAAUUUUCUUGAUUGUUUUCCUCAGUGAUAGAUACUCUAUACAGUGUGCAGAAGAAAGUUGGUAUUUGGUAGACAUUAGCUUUGGAGACUCAGUUUGCAUCUUGAAACUUUCACAAUCCCAUUAUUAGAAAAAGUGCUCAUUUAUAUACAGUCCUAACUUUGUGGUUCAUAAAUAAAAUAGGUGUUAAUUAGCUUCCAGUGAAAAUAGGAAGAAAGCCUGUUUUCAUUUGAUUCCAGUAUUUCUUCCAAAGAAUUCUGUAUGUACAUAUACCAGUUCUCUUUGGUAGCUUAGAUUUAGGUGUGAGUUUUAUGGUGUUGCUUAUAGAACAACUCAGGUAAUUUUCAUUUAUGGUUUUAUAUUUUCUGUACAAAUUGCCUGGGUUUUAUUUUUCUAAUCAGCAAGGUGCUUCACUGCCUUCUUCAGGUGUCCCUCAAAAGCUGUUAAGUGGACUGUGCGUUAUGUGUGGUGUCAGUAGUGUAAUUUGCUUGAGUUAAAUGUUGUAGAAACUUUUACGCUAGGAGAAAAGGUUAUUUCUUUUGGCUAUUAAUAGAUGUAGCUCUGUCUUUUUAAUAUCUCUUCAUACCUGUUUUUUCUCUCAGGUUUUAUACCAUUUUAAAUAUAUUUUCUUCUGUUUUAAUUACCUAGAGACAUAGGAAAAUUGUUUUUGUAAUUUUUUUAAUUUAGUUUUUGAGUUAGACUUGUAUCUUCUAAAAUUUUUAAGGUUUGAUGUAUGUCUCUCAUCAAUAAUGAAGCUUGACAAAUGAGUGAUUUUGAAGGACUGCCGUUUUUUCAAAGCAAUAUGAACUUGGUGACUUGUCUUUUGCCAUUAGGCGGCGCCAGAGGUCAGAGCUUACCUAUUUUGGAUUGGAUGCUUAUGAACAAGCAUAUUUGGGUGUGGAAAUUUCUGGGAGGAAAAAAAAUAAAGAAUAGACAUUCAUUGAGUCAAAAGAAAUGUGGAAAAUAUUUUUCACCUUUCUGUUUUGCCUGGUUAAUGUUUAAAUUCUAAAUGAAGUAACUUUAAAAGUUCCUUUAUAGGUAAGAUCCAGCAGUUUGGCAAAGCCCACAGGUAUGAUAAACAAGGAAACUGAUUUUUCUGUAAAAUGAACCCUGAACUACUUCCUGUGUUCUUUCCUAACCAGUAGCACGUUUGUGCUUUCCUCUUCUAGCUGAUCACUAUUUUUCUGAUAUUACCAAUUUAUCAAAUAUUACCCAGAACUGUAGAACCAAAUCAUUCUCAUUUUAUAUUGCAGAGACCUGAAUGAUGUUUGAUAACUGCAGAAAAAUGUAUGUUACACUCAGGAUCACUGUUACUACUAUUGCCACUGAUGAUUCUUACUAAAACAUAACUAAAAUUUUCUAUUAAAGAGUAUAAUAUGAUAUUAAUACACAUUAGAUGAUAAGGACAAUUGUUCCAUGAAUGAUUCAAUGAAGCUAUGCAUAUUAGACCUCUUGGCCUGUGAAUUAGCACUGUUUUCUAUAGUUCCUUACUCUUUUGGUCAUUUUAUAAUUUCCACAUUCAUUUUCAACAUGUAAAGUGUUACUCCUCAGUGGUUUCUCAGAAUUGUAAAUUUUAUUCUUUGAUUUAAAUACUGAAACAUACAAUUAAAUCAGUUGCUGAGUAGCAGCUUAAAAAUCCAUUAUCAUGUUGCAUUUAACAUACUUAAGAGCAUGAUCAUAAAGAGCUAUAUAUUUUUUACACCCUCUUUUUUUAAACAUUUAGAUUUUAUAAGGGUUUUAUAUCUCAUCUGUCCAUAUUGUUUUCAAAGGAAUGAGGUUUUUUUAGGUAGGUGUACAAACAUUUGUAGAAAGUUAGAUUUGAACAUAGGCGAGGUGGGUUGUUCGGGUUGUAAUUGAUAGGUUCUAGAAUGUUAUUUGAAGAAUGUCUGUGACUCCAGGUGUGGGUCUUGCUCAGUGCCAGAGUCUUGUCUGUGUAGGUCACCAUUACGUAGUGAUUUUGAUUCUGCAUUUCACAUUAAAUUAUUUGAGUGUAAACAGACCUAAAUUUUAAAAUCUGUAUAUAUGUUAUUUUAAUGUAUUAAGAUUAAUAAAUAUUGCUGAUUUAAAUUUUAUUUAUGCACAUACUUAAUGGAUGGCGAUGUCCGGUAAAGUAAUUGUUAAAUAAUGAUAUGUAACUUUUUAACUUUUUAAAUAAAUAAGAUUUUUAAUGUGUGUCUCCCUCAGGGUUGUUUAAAGUUUUUUUUCCUCCCUCAAAUAUAAAUAGUAGCGACUAUAUGUUUUGUAUCUUCUAGCACCAACUGCUGUAGAGCAGUACUGCAAAUAAUGCUUGAAAAGAAGUGGCUAAGCCAACAAAAUAAAUACUUUUUAUAUUAGUUUUAUAAUCUUUACAUUUGAAAGCUUUCCAAAUUGCACUUGCAUUAAAAUAAAACUGUUGCAAUUUUUACUCUAUUUAUUUUGUUUCCCAUGUUUAUGAAAAUACUGCUCAGUUUCAAAACCAUGGUAAAUAAUAUAUCACUAUUUAUGUUUUCUGUUCCCAGAAUGGCUAUAGAUAAACAAUAUCGGGAAAAGAGCAAAAUUCAAGCUUUAGAAAACAUUCUAAGAUUGUAUGCAUGCAAUUUUGACAUCUGGAAAUAGGUUUUUGUAUAUUUAUGGUGGGAGGUGGUUGGGAACUUCUAACAAAAUGUGGGAUGUUAAUUUUGUAUAGUCUAUGGGUGUUUACACAUUUUUUAAUGUAAUAAAAUUCGGUAAUUAUGUGCACAUUAAAUAAAGUAGUUACUUCCUGUUAUGAUUUGUGAAUUAUUCUCUAAGACUUUGGAUUUUUUUAAAGUAACUUUAUAUCAAAAAUGAUACUGCAUCUUUAUAUUUUUUUAAUUGUAUUGCUGCUCAAGAAUGGUACCCUGAUGUCAAAGAGGUAUUCAUUAAUUGUACAUUCAGCACUGUAAAUAACCUUAUGAAAUCUUUUUUGAUGGAAGCUAAUAAAAAUAAAAAUUUAAAGGAAUGAAAUAACA